GAUCUAAUAUCACCUACCUGUCCUUGUCACUCUGAUAGUCAGCCGAGGUAGCCGCUGUUUACCACCGACGCUAGUAUGGCAGCACCUCACGCUCUGUUUUAAAGCCAGUUAGAAGAGUAAGAGGGCUUCAUCCGAACCGCAAGUGGACCCGCUCUCCUGCGCGUCUUUUUUGGAGAACUGAACACAUUCCGCCGACGGACUUUCCGCCUAUCAUUGUCGCACUGAAGGGGACUUAAUCUGCUUUUGACAGCCGGCUUUGCGAUCUUCCACCAAUGAACUCUAUGAGGGAUCCAUUAAACACAGACCACCACCACCACCACCUCACAGGGAAUAAACUUGCCUCAACGCACCACACGGCUUUGGCGAUGGCCUCUAGUUUACAGCCGCUGCAGCGGUCUGUGGACUCGAAACACCGGUUAGAGGUGCACACGGUGUCGGACACGUCCAGCCCGGAGUCUGUCGAAAAAGAAAAGACCCAGAACAAAAACGACGACUCCUCAGAUGACCCGUCGAAAAAGAAGCGGCAGCGGCGGCAGCGGACUCACUUCACCAGCCAGCAGCUGCAGGAACUGGAGGCCACUUUCCAGCGGAAUCGCUACCCGGACAUGAGCACGAGGGAGGAGAUAGCCGUGUGGACCAACCUCACAGAGGCCCGGGUCAGGGUUUGGUUCAAGAACCGGCGAGCCAAGUGGAGGAAACGGGAGAGAAACCAGCAAGCCGAGCUCUGCAAGAACGGCUUCGGCCCGCAGUUCAACGGACUCAUGCAGCCCUACGAGGACAUGUACCCCAGCUACACGUACAACAACUGGGCCGCCAAGGGUCUCACGCCGGCCUCCUUAUCCACCAAAAGCUUCCCCUUCUUCAACUCCAUGAACGUCAACCCCUUGUCCUCGCAGUCCAUGUUCUCGCCGGCGCCCAACUCCAUAUCCUCCAUGACUUCCAGCAUGGUGCCCUCGGCGGUCACCGGCGUGCCGGGCUCCAGCCUCAACAGCCUCAAUAACUUGAACAACCUCAGUAACCCGUCUCUCAACUCGGGCGUGCCCACGUCGGCGUGCCCCUACGCGCCUCCGACCCCUCCUUACGUGUACAGGGACACUUGUAACUCCAGCCUGGCCAGCCUGAGACUGAAAGCCAAGCAGCACUCGAGUUUUGGAUACGCCACUGUGCAGAAUCCGGCCACUAAUCUGAGCGCUUGCCAAUACGCCGUGGACAGACCAGUCUAAUACCAACCUGCACUGCAAAAAAUCACCACCUUAGCGGGUCAUUAGAGGCGAGUAGUGGCGCUUGAGGUGUUUUUCUCUGGAGGGAGUGAGGAGAUGUGAUAAUUGUGCUUUUUCAUGUGUUUCAAAAAAGGCAUUUUCUGUCACUAGUUGGAGUUAAUCUGACUUUUUUUUUUUUUUUUUUAAUUUUCCCCCCUUCAAGAUUUUGCCACUUUUUUCCAAACAUAUCACGAAACAAAAGUGAGAUUAUUCCAUCGCACUUUAUUUUAGAGGGGGUAUGAUUUUUUUUAAGGGUGAUUACAAGACCAACUGGCUCGUUAUGGUGGUCAUUUUUUGCAGUGUGGUGGUAAUCACAAGCAGCCGGCCACAGGAACAAGAGACUACUACAACUACUUUUUCAUUUUUCAAGAAAAAAAAAAGGGCACUAGAAGACUGAACCACUGAAGCAAGCUCCGCUCCGGCUCGGGAGUCAAAACUGAAACGGGAGAUUUUAGGUUUUAUUCCCUUUUUUUCUGAUGAGUCCAGGCCUGCGUCACUCUGCAACACAGUUUGAAAACAAAAAGGCCUUUUUUUGUUUUACUGGUGGAUUUUUAUUUUUUGUGUUCAUUUUUUUUUUUUGGACGUUUAAUUGUUGACUGAAAAAAAGGUUGUAUAUAUUUGAAUUAUCAUCAUCAUCAUCAUCAUCAUCUCCUGUUUGUCGAGGCGAAUGCGCUAUAACCCUCCAGCCCUCUCCAGGUUCAAUCUAUCAACGCAUGUGGAAGAAGAAGAAGAAGAAGAAGAAGAAGAAGAAGAAGAAGAAGAAGAAGAAGAAGAAGAAACAAACAAACAAACAAAAAAGGACAGAACCCUAAAAAGGAAUCACGUUUUGCUUGCAAACAAAAAGGGAAUGUACAUACUAAAAAAAAACGCACCGGUUGUGUGUUUCUAACAUAUUAUAAAUUUAUUAUUAAUGUCUGUGUGAAUAUCGAUUUAGAAUAGCAAUUCUGGAUUUAAAAAAAAAGAAGAAGAAGAAAAAAA